CAUUUAAACUACAGAGACUCUUGUACCUACUAACCUUUAAGAUGCAUAUCAGUAAAUAUUUUCCCUCGUCAAUAAAUUGUAAAAAAUUGUUAUGAUGAAUUAACGAACUUAUUUACUUCGAAUGUGAUUUUUUCUUUUGUAAAAAACGAGCUACAAUUUUUUAGAAUAUUUCAGAAUGAAUAGUGAACAUUCUGAACAUCCCAAGUUGCCAGAUAAUAGUAUUUCCAGGAAUAACCGCAAAAAACUUCAAAAGGAGAAUAAGCAACAAAAAUCGAAUUUUAAAAUUCAUCCUAUUGGAGGCAACCUUAACUUGAUUAGUGAGGAUUUUGCCAAGGCAUUGAGUUUUAAUAGUACCUCUUCGAAUUCUAAUGAAAAUAUUGAGAUAGAUGAUGCUAACUUCCCUUCCUUGGGACAGCAAAUGAAACAUGUUAAAAAACCAGUCAGAGUUCAUGAUUCCUUGUUCCACUGUAAUCUUAGCAAUGAGAAUUUAUUUUCGUUACAAGAUUUCAUUCAGAAUAAAUCGCCUAUUUCAAGCCAAGUAAGAAAACAGAAGUGUGGGGUAAAUAAGAAAUAUAGUGGUAAUCCGUUGGAUGCUGCGCUACCCGUUCGAAAAUCUGGAAAGUUCAGAGACAUUCCCAAAUCGAAGAAGCACAGUAAAUUGAAACGAGACAUACUAAUGGAAAAAUUAGAAACCGAACCAAAUUGUACAAUCUACCUAAAGGAUCUAUGUAAUGCAGAUGUUGUAACUGACGACGAAAGUGUGUGCAGUUUUAUAGCACGAGUCGUUGAAUUGCAAGAAAAACUUUAUAAGCGUGAUCCGAUCAAGGGGAAAUCCAAAAGAAGAUUCGUUGUAGGGUUGCACGAAGCAAAAAAAUACUUAACUUUGAAUAGAGUAAAAGUUGUUAUAAUAGCUGCUGAUAUUCGCGUUACUAAAGAAAAUGGUGCCGUCCAAGAGGCAGUGGAGGAAAUUAUCAAUUUAUGUAAACAAAACUAUUUGAGCUGUUUUUUCGCUUUAAAAAAGAGGAAGUUGGGUACUUUAACAUUGAAAUCUAUCCCAAUUAGUUGCAUUACUGUAAUGAAUUACGAGGGGGCAGAGGAGCACUUUCGUAAAGUCAAGACCUAUUUAAAUUCAGCAGAUAAGACCGAAGGCCUACAUUCAGGAGUCAUAGGUAGUGAUGAAACGAAAAUACUGGAACUACUAAAAAACAACUGAUAGAUUUACAUGGUUUCAUGUUAAAACAGUAUACAGCGUAAUAAUGAUAAUAUAAUAAUUUAAAUAAGUUACAGUUACUCAUAAAUAUAUUUCUUUCCUAAUUUGUAAUUAAACUUUGUCUGGAACAAUAGUAAUUGCCAAUUUCCGCUCUGGCCACGCAAAUACUUUAGGAAGUGAGAGGUUCUCCGGGGUGCUAAGAACUUGGAAUGUUACGGCCAUAUCCAGUGCAAGAUCAUCGGGAAUUAACACCUGCAACCAUGAUCCUUGAGCUACAUAGGGAUACUCAUUAUCCACUAAUGUUCCUGUGACCGAGUUUGCAACUAAAGUAAUGGCUAUUUCACCGAGUACUGAUUUGAAGGUAAAGUGACGACCAUGUUUGACGCGACCCCUGUAACAAAUUUAUAAAAUGGUGCCUUAAAAUCAUUAUUUUCAGUACCUUAUUGCAAGAGGAAGUAAACUUCCAGCUUCUAGAUUGAAAACCAAAUGGAGGGAUUCUAAUUUUUUAAUGUGCACUAAUUCGGUGGAUUCUAAAAUGCUCGCUUUGUCUCUAAAAUCAUUUAUUUUGUAGUUUCCGUAA